UUGUUUUCUUUUUUUUUAUAAACAGCUGUCAUUUAAAACUCAGCUGUGUAACCAGUGUGUGCUUGCUAAUAUAUUCGUUUGCAGAAGUCUUCAUACUUCAAGAGCAGAUAUAUUUAUCGAACAGCUGUUUGAAGGAGCAGUAACAAUGGCGCCAGCUUGGCAGCUGCUGGUUCUGCUGUUGGCAGCACUUUCCAGUGAGAUCAAUGCACAGUCAGAGGGUGGGAUGACCCAACAGCCCGAAACGUGGACGGGGCGGUGGCUCCCAGAACGCCCUCACGAAACACCCGUAACGACCGUCGUACCCGAACUGCAGGACCACAAGCAUGGUGUUAAGAUGGGUGUGAAGUCUGUUCGCUGUGACAAUGCCAAAAUAAACUUGACAGUGGAUUGGGAUUACAAUCCAAUAAAUUACACAUGCUUUUACCCCACUCACAGAAUUCGCCCAGACUUAAGCGUAAGACCACUUCUGGAGUGUGAAAAUAUUCCCAAAAAAUAUUCGGCUGCCCACAUUUGCAUGCGGACACGAAUUCACUAUCAGUCAAAAAUACCAACAUUUGGUCCUCACCGCCCACUGUGGGCCAAAUAUGGUGAAUUCACAUUUGUUCCUGUGCAGAGGUGGUUGCAUAACUUGGAGCACGGAGCGGUGGUGAUGCUGUACCACCCGUGUGCCAACCAGCUGGAAGUCGCUCGACUGAGAACACUUGUCACCGGCUGCAUCAGGAAACACGUCAUCACUCCGUACACCCUCCUCGACGUGGAAAGGCCAUUGGCACUUGUUGCCUGGGGAUGUCGGCUGACAAUGAAUGUUGUCGAUGACGAUACCGUGGAAGAAUUCAUCAAGAAAUAUGCCUUGAAAGGCCCUGAGAAGAUUGAUGUAGAUGGUCAAUAUCGCGAGGGACUCGUGAUGCCUGCGGCCAACGCGUCCAAGAUGGCAUUCACGGAACUGUGUCCUCACUGAAAGCAGACCAGACCAAGUGCGUUAAGCAGCUCAGAAACAUUCGUGGAGCAGUUUUCGAACAUCAGCUGUUACAACAUUCCUUGCGGUGACUGCUGUAUACUUCAUCCAUCCCAAUGAACGAACACACUUUUCUGCCAGAUUAUUUAAACAAAAUUUUUAGUUUGACAGCUGAAUAUUCUUCCAUCAGUUCUUUUAAAAACAGUGUACUAUUUUAUUUAAUGAAAUGAGAUUUGUUUGAAAUGACUGCUUUGUUUUACAGUAAUCCGUCUAAAAAGUGGACUCAAUGGGAUAGAAAAUAAUACAGCAGUUUGUUUUUAUGUUCCUUGAAAAUGUAUGUUUUUUUUUGCUAAGUGCAGUCAGUAAGACUUUGUUGUACGUGUUUGUUUUACACACACACACACACACAUAUAUAAACCUUAAAAAAAUUUGAUUUUAUGUUUUGGAACAAGUUAAAAAUAUUUUGAUUUUUGCAUAGAUGCUGUUUUUACUAUCACACUAACACAAAGAGUUCCAAUUAUCUGGAUAUACUUCUAUAUUAUACUUUGCUACAAAAUAUUGAGCAGCACAGCAGUGGGAGAGGCACUGCCUGUUAGCUGGUCAGAAUGGUGCGAGGACAGUAUUUUGCUGCUGCUGCAGUGUUGAGCAUUAGCAAAUACAUACACUAUGCAUGUGGACACACAUUACUAAUGUUCUGUUUCAGCUAUUGCGCUAUUUAGGGGCCGUUAGGUUUAUUUCACCCGUACGUUAAAAUUGUAACAAAUUAGAUAUAUUUGUAAAUAAAAAGUAGUAAUGAAUCGGCUUAAAGUGUGUGCGCUUUGUUCAAAGGUUCAGACGACACCAUUUUGCUUACUGGUGUUUAUUUUUGUCACCUUUUUUUUAUGCAUCCAGAGAAUCUGUCUCUUGAAUCUGUCAAGAAGCACUUUGAAAGUGAGAGUGGGUUUUACACACACGCACAAAAAAAAAACAAUUCUUCUGUAUUUCCUGUCCCCUGGACUUGCCAUGCCAUGCCUGAAUGAAAAUUUACUCAUCUCUGGCAGGCAGAGAGGCGUUUAAAUCAAGUUGUGAAUACUUUAAGUGAAUGACACAAUUACUUUGAAAAUAACUUUUUUUUAAUGCACUAUAUAUUUUUUAUUUUAAAUUUACAUAUUUGUAACUUUUUCAUCUUUUGAGGUAUGCUGUAAUAAGUUCUAAAAUGUUGCUAUUUUGGUUUAUACUUGUCAAAGUCAUCCAGCUUUCCACCUAAGUGUAUGAAUUUACAAACAGCAAAGAAUGUUAAUUGUAAAAAUGCACAUUAAAAAAAAUAACAUGCUGUUUUGGUAUCCAGGUCUCUUACAGUGAGUGAAUUAUACUUGAUGUCAAUAUGUACUUAUAAUGGUAACCAAAAUUGCAUGUGCAUGUGUGAUAUUUUAAGUAAAUAUAUAUUGUUUGCUUCAAUAAAACUGUUUCACAGUAA